GGAACUCAUGAUACGGGAAAGGGCCGAACCAAGUGAAUCAAAGUACGUCUUCCGCCGCGAUCUGGAAACCCUAAUCCUUCGACGCUUUAUGCAAAAGGGCCUGUCGAUCUCCAAUUCGCCGUUCUCUCCAAUCCAUUGAGGGGAUUGUUAUGGCAACGGAAUCGGCUUCGGCUUCGAGCUCGAAUCCCUCGUCGUCGUCCCUGUACUCCUACCCGGCCACCACCUACUUCCCUCUCCCGUUUCAUCUCCAGAACGCCGACCCUGCGGCUCAGCAGCAGUAUCUCCCGCCGUCCCAGAUCCCACCGCCCGUUAAGAUCCCCACGAUGGCGCAGACGUUCCCCGUUCCGCCCCCCGUCGUCGCCGGGAUGUAUUCGCUUCCGCAGUUCCAGCAGGCACAACAACUUUUUCAACGGGAUGCACAAACCAUCACUCCAGAGGCUAUAGAGGUUGUGAAAGCUGCACUUGCAAAUAGUGAAGUUGACCAUAAAUCAGACACAAAAAAGAAAGCAAUACCACGUAAAGCAGCUGGUCAGAGUUGGGAGGAUCCAACUUUGGCAGAAUGGCCAGAGAAUGAUUUUCGAUUAUUUUGUGGAGAUCUAGGCAACGAAGUCAAUGAUGAUGUCCUUUCAAAAGCAUUUUCAAGGUUCCCCUCCUUCAACAUGGCAAGAGUGAUAAGAGACAAGAGAACUGGAAAAACCAAAGGUUAUGGAUUUGUCAGCUUUUCAAACCCAUCAGACCUUGCAGCAGCUGUCAAAGAAAUGAAUGGAAAAUACGUUGGAAAUCGUCCUAUAAAGUUGCGUAAAAGCACAUGGAGGGAAAGAACAGAUGUUGAAGCUUUGGAAAGGCAAAAGAAUUACAUUCAGAAGAAACCAAAACUACCAAAGAAAGGUAUUCUGCACAAGUGAAGCUUCAAGAUCACAACCUUGACUUACGCAUGAAACUUGUUUUCGCAAUUAAUUCUAGAGAAUAUACAACUGAACUCAUCUAGAGUGCAAUUUGUGGUGAAUGACGUGCUACAAAAUUUAUGGGUGCUUUUGUAACAUCGAGAAGCAACGUCAACUAUUUACCUUCUUGAUGUAAGAGAAGUUGGUGUGUUUUCAGGUUCAUGAAUUCUAAAGAUGAUUCUUCUGAAGAUGUCCUGUAUUGUAAAGAGUUCAUAAUUGCAUGCAAUCUACUUACUCUUAUUUCUAUGUCCUGUUAGAACUUUUGCUGGCUGUUCAAAAACUAUAAAUGCUGGUCCCUAAAUAUUCAUGUUAAUAAUAAUUUUUAUUUUUUUAA